AUGGCAGCUUCUACCUAUCUCAAUAGCUUUUCAAUCAAAAAAUUACCCGUUACUACCGUCCCCGUCCCUCUCGUUAUCCAUGGCUUAGUUGGCUUCUUUUUGUUGUACAUAAUUUUCGAUUGGGGAAGAAAAUUUUUAAAUUUCUUAUCCCAAUCGCAAAAAUCCAAAUCAGAAAAAGGUAACCAUAAUACAUCCCAUAAUGUGCCUUAUUUGUUAGUUGAUGGAAGUUUAUGCAGAGAUGAAGUAGAAAACAUAAUGGGUAAAUUGGGAAUUUUUUGUAACCCAGAAGGUGAUAAACUUUAUCACGAGAGGUUCGAUUCGGACAAUUUUCGCGAUUUGUUUGGAGAUGAAGAAGAAGAUAAUAAUGAUAGUAAUAUUAUGCAGGAAUUAGGAGAAGCAUUUGAUGUAUUUGAUGAGAACAGAGAUGGUUUCAUUGAUGAAAUGGAAUUGCAGAAAGUUUUGUGUGCACUUGGAUUUAAGGAAGCUGCAGAAUUGGAGAAUUGCAGGAAGAUGAUCUUGGCAUUUGAUGAAAAUGGAGAUGGGAAGAUCGAUUUUGAGGAAUUUGUAGAAAUGAUCUAAUAAUUUUUUUUGUUAAUAGCAGCAAAUUCAUAAGCUAUUUUAAUGUGAGUUUAUUGUUUUUGCUAGACAAGAAAAUUAUUAUUACUAUUAUAUUACUAUAAAUACAAACUACUCAUCCUAUUCUUUUGUUGG